GGGCCGUUCCGAGAGCGGGGGCGAGCGUGAAAGUUCCAGAACGCUGCGGUCGUGCGUCAUCGCGAGGCGGGGCGGGGCGGAGGCGGGACCUAGGAGAGCGUUCCGGGUCUCGAUUCGUGCAGGCGGAAGCACCCGGUCGCCCAUUGGCCAAGGAGCGAUGAUCGGCAGCGGGAUGGGGCGGAACCCUUCUGGAAGGUUCUAAGACAGGGUAUAAGAGACAGUGAAGCGGGCGGAAACCGGUCUCAUUGAACGCGGAGGCAGCUUGUCGGGCAUUUGUGUGGUCUCAUCGUCAGCGCAGCCGGGCCUACACGGAAGCAACCAUGUCUAAGGGACCUGCAGUAGGCAUUGAUCUUGGCACCACCUACUCGUGUGUGGGUGUCUUCCAGCAUGGAAAGGUGGAAAUCAUUGCCAAUGACCAGGGUAACCGCACCACGCCGAGCUAUGUUGCUUUCACUGACACGGAACGAUUAAUCGGGGAUGCGGCCAAGAAUCAGGUUGCAAUGAACCCCACCAACACAGUUUUUGAUGCCAAACGUCUGAUCGGACGUAGGUUUGAUGAUGCGGUUGUUCAGUCUGAUAUGAAGCACUGGCCCUUCAUGGUGGUGAAUGAUGCAGGCAGGCCCAAGGUCCAAGUCGAAUACAAAGGGGAGACAAAAAGUUUCUACCCAGAGGAAGUGUCCUCAAUGGUUCUGACAAAGAUGAAGGAAAUUGCAGAGGCGUACCUUGGAAAGACUGUUACCAAUGCCGUGGUCACAGUGCCAGCUUACUUCAAUGACUCUCAGCGCCAGGCAACAAAAGAUGCUGGAACUAUUGCUGGUCUCAAUGUCCUUCGAAUUAUCAAUGAGCCAACUGCUGCUGCUAUUGCCUAUGGCUUGGAUAAGAAGGUCGGAGCUGAAAGGAAUGUGCUGAUUUUUGACUUGGGAGGUGGCACUUUUGAUGUGUCAAUCCUCACUAUUGAGGAUGGAAUUUUUGAAGUCAAAUCAACAGCUGGAGACACCCACUUGGGUGGAGAAGACUUUGACAACCGAAUGGUCAACCAUUUCAUUGCUGAGUUUAAGCGAAAGCACAAGAAGGACAUCAGCGAGAACAAGAGAGCUGUCCGACGUCUCCGCACUGCCUGUGAGCGGGCCAAGCGCACCCUCUCCUCCAGCACCCAGGCCAGUAUUGAGAUUGAUUCUCUCUAUGAGGGAAUUGACUUCUAUACCUCCAUUACCCGGGCUCGAUUUGAGGAAUUGAAUGCUGACCUGUUCCGUGGCACACUGGACCCAGUAGAGAAGGCCCUUCGAGAUGCCAAACUAGACAAGUCACAGAUCCAUGAUAUUGUCUUGGUGGGUGGCUCUACCAGAAUCCCCAAGAUUCAGAAGCUUCUGCAAGACUUCUUCAAUGGAAAGGAGCUGAAUAAGAGCAUUAACCCUGAUGAAGCUGUUGCCUAUGGUGCAGCUGUCCAGGCGGCCAUUCUAUCUGGAGACAAGUCUGAGAAUGUUCAGGAUUUGCUGCUCUUGGAUGUCACUCCUCUUUCCCUUGGUAUUGAAACUGCUGGUGGAGUCAUGACUGUCCUCAUCAAACGCAAUACCACCAUUCCCACCAAGCAGACACAGACUUUCACCACCUACUCUGACAACCAGCCAGGUGUACUCAUUCAGGUGUAUGAAGGUGAAAGGGCCAUGACCAAGGACAACAACCUGCUGGGAAAGUUUGAGCUCACAGGCAUACCUCCAGCACCCCGUGGGGUUCCUCAGAUUGAGGUUACUUUUGACAUUGAUGCCAAUGGCAUCCUCAAUGUUUCUGCUGUAGAUAAGAGCACAGGAAAGGAGAACAAGAUCACCAUCACCAAUGACAAGGGCCGCUUGAGUAAGGAGGAUAUUGAGCGCAUGGUCCAAGAAGCUGAGAAGUACAAAGCUGAGGACGAGAAGCAGAGAGACAAGGUUUCCUCCAAGAAUUCACUGGAGUCCUAUGCCUUCAACAUGAAAGCUACUGUUGAAGAUGAGAAACUUCAAGGCAAGAUCAACGAUGAGGACAAGCAGAAGAUUCUUGACAAGUGCAAUGAGAUCAUCAGCUGGCUGGAUAAGAACCAGACUGCAGAGAAGGAAGAGUUUGAGCAUCAGCAGAAAGAGCUGGAGAAAGUCUGCAACCCCAUCAUUACCAAGCUGUACCAGAGUGCUGGUGGCAUGCCAGGAGGAAUGCCAGGUGGCUUCCCUGGUGGGGGAGCUCCUCCAUCUGGUGGUGCUUCUUCAGGCCCCACCAUUGAAGAGGUGGAUUAAGUCAGUCCAAGUAGAGGGUGUAGCUUCGUUCCACAGGGACCCAAAACAAGUAACAUGGAAUAAUAAUAAAAUUAUUUAAAUUGGCACCA